CACCAAUGACUAUAACAUCAAGAAUUCCACAAGAUCUUUGUGACUACAUUGAGCACUUCAACUGUGAUAAUAUAAAAGAUCUACGAAGGCGUCUUGCUGAUAUCCAGGAUUGGGAAAAAGAAGAAUACGAUGUGAACAAAUACCAUGAUCUUGACUGGAUUAAGCAUACUAUUCACUCUUAUGUUAGACUCUACGAAUCAGGCGAAUUAAAUACUGUCCAGAAAGAGCAAUGGUACAACAAACAUAUAUGGCUUCCUAUUGAUACAGUUUUUAACGAUAUCAGUAGCAUUCAAAUUGUUGCGUAAGUUUCAAAGAAGGAGUAUACAUAUAGAUAUUGUAGUAAUUUCGGUUUUUUUUUCCAAAUUGUAGUGGCGAAUCUGUAAGUCUGGCUAGCUCCCAACGUAAAAAUAAAAACAGAACAAUUGGAUCUACAUCGGCAAUUAAACGAAUCAAA